GUUGUUGUCAUGUUGACGUAGUCAGAUUUGAAUCCGGCCAAUGGGGACGCGCGACUCCUCGUAUUGGUCGUCACGUGACCCCUCCCGGUUUCGGACGAGAUUUAAAAAAGUUCAGGCGGCGGCGCUGGUGGCUCCGGCGGCUGCGGUGGAGGCUGACGGGUCCCCAGCCGGGUGUUGGAACGUCCCCAGCAGAAAUGGAGGACAUGCCGUAUUGUGAGGCCAAGAGAUUCCGUCCGGAAAACAAGGAAAACGACAGCAGGAUGCGGGUGAGUGGGCAGGAAGGGGACGGAUGUUUGCCGCUCGGGGAGAGGCUCGAGUGCGAGAAGGAUCUGCUGAAGCUCACCACCCUGCUGCUGUCUGCAAGCUCCUACGAGGAGCGGCGGCUCAUCCGCGCUGCCAUCCGCAAGCAGUGCCAUGACGAGAUGCCGGCAACAGGUUUCUCGCGCGCAUCUCUCAGGGCCCGCGUGGCGGAGGCCCUCGGGGCCUGCCAAGGGCAGGGAGAGGUGGACGGGACCCCGGGGGCCCGAGUGGGGCGCAGCGACUCCACCUCCAAACGCCACGGGGAUCGCGCGGCGCCAGAGAGGGCCGAGCGGCAGCAGCCGCAGCCGCCGCGGGGCGUUGCGGGCGGGCGGCCGGCGGAGCACAGGGGCCGCCGCGAGCCCGAGGCGGAUCUCCACGCCGGCGCGAGGCCGCGGGGAGGAGAGGGAGAUGAAGGGGCGGCCGGCAGGGGCGGCGGGAAGCCGGGACGAGGGCGGGAGGAGCCCGCGAGCGAUGGAGGAGAAGGUGGUGGAGGAAGUGAAAAAGAGGACGAGCGAGGGUUGUUGGCUGCGGGUGCUGGGAUGGGAGAGGAGGGAGGCAGCGCCCGGGAGGGGAAGAAGAAGAAGAAGAAGCGGGAGAGGGGUGACGCGGGGCGGAGGAGUAGCAGCAGAGUGAAGCGCGAGAGAGGGAACGACGUCCUGAGUUUGGGUGGUGCCAAGAGGAAGGAGGAGGAGGAGGAUGGAGGCGAGGGAGGAGAGCGAGGAGGAGCCGUCGGAGGAGAGGAAGGAUGUGGGGCGGCGAGGAGGGGUGCAGCACUUGGCCUGGUGCGGAGGGAGGGGGGCGGCUGCUGGAGGGGGAGGGGCUGGGAGGGCCGCUCCCGGUUGGGGGUGAGGGGUGGGGGCCAGGCGGGGGGGAGUGUGGCCGAGGUGGACAGCGGAGACACGAGUGGGAACGGAGACGAGGACGGCGCGGCAGCGGUGCGGCGGGGACGCGGCGCCGCCUCCGCCGCCUCAGAUGGAAGCUCGGCAACACCGGCACGGGGGCAGCGACGCAGCACAGCCGGCUCCACCCCGCACCCGCUGCUGCUGUCCGUACGUGAGCGCGCGCGCCAGUUCUGUGACGCCACCGACGCCGCGCCCGCCGCCCUGCGGGCUCCGUGUCAAGCCCUAAGCGUGAAUCUCUGGCCGAGCACCGGCACCCCGGUGUUGCCCGUGGGUCAUCGCGCGUCCCGGCGGCAACGGCAGGAGCAGCGGCAGGAGCAGCAACAGGAGCAGCAACAGGAGCAGCGGCGGCAGCAGCGGCAGGGAUCUCCCUCCCCACCGCGUCGCGACGUCGGCAAAGCCCAGGGCGCGAUGGGAGACGCCGCGCCGGGCCCGCCCAAGGAGCGCGCAGCCUCCUCGCUCGUCAGGAGGGAGGAGCGGUGGGCCGAGAGAGCGGGCCGGGAGCUGGCGUCUACGAGCGCGGGGCGGCAACGCAGCGCCGCCACGGCCGCCCCCCUCGCAAACGGGGCGGAGGAGGAAGAGGAGCGCACGGCCGGGGCCGCGUGGCGGGAACACGGCGCCGCCGCGGAGGCCUCGCCCGCCAAGAGCGGUGGGGCGCGCACGUUCACGCGUGCGGUGAGGGAGCGCACGAGCACGCGGGAGCAGCGCGCGGCCUCGCAGAGAGUGGAGGAACCCGUGGCCUCGCAGAGAGUGGUGGAACCCGCGGCCUCGCAGAGAGUGGGGGAACGCACGGCCUCGCAGAGAGUGGAGGAACCCGCGGCCUCGCAGAGAGUGGAGGAACCCGCGGCCUCGCAGAGAGUGGAGGAACCCGUGGCCUCGCAGAGAGUGGUGGAACCCGCGGCCUCGCAGAGAGUGGGGGAACGCACGGCCUCGCAGAGAGUGGAGGAACCCGCGGCCUCGCAGAGAGUGGAGGAACCCGCGGCCUCGCAGAAAGUGGAGGAACCCGCGGCCUCGAAGAGAGUGGGAGAACGCACGGCCUCGCAGAGAGUGGGAGAACGCACGGCCUCGCAGAGAGUGGUGGAACGCACGGCCUCGCAGAGAGUGGAGGAACCCGCGGCCUCCCAGAGAGUGGGGGAACGCACGGCCUCCCAGAGAGUGGAGGAACCCGCGGCCUCGCAGAGAGUGGGGGAACCCGCGGCCUCCCAGAGAGUGGGGGAACCCGCGGCCUCCGGCACAGAGUGGGAGUGGGAACACGCGACUAACAAAGGGGAGGAGCGCACGUUUGCCCGUGCGUGGAAGGAGCGCACGGCGGCGAGCGCGACUGCGAGACGCGCGGCGUUUCGUGGGGCGCAGGAACGUGCGGCACGGAGAGCGGAGGAGGAUGAACACUCGACCGCUAAGCAGCAGCAGCAGCAGCAGGAGGAGGAAUCCACCGUCUCCACAAGCUCGCAGGAGCCGGAGGAGUUGGACGGGGGGAGUGGAUGCUCCUCGUCCGCCGAUCCUCACAGUCUCCUCCGGUCGCGCGAGGAGGGGAACGUGGGGUCCGGGCCGGACCGAGCGGGCAGUAAUGGAGGGAGCAGGCGGGGAGGGAGCGGGGAUGGGGAUCGCGGUCCCCGCAGCGACACGACGCCGGCUCGGAGCGGGGCCCCGGGAGCCAGGGGAGCGGGGACGGAGGAGCAGCAGUCGGGAGGAGCCUCGCUGGCUCGACUGAGCCAGGUGGAGGAUGAGGACGCGCUCACAGCCAUGCUGGAGCAGACUCAGGAGUGCGAGCAGAGGCUUCUGAUCCGAGCGGCGCGGAGAGCGCUCAGGAGGAAGCAGGAAGCCCUGGCUACCCCUGAGACACGGGGGACGUUGAUUGGCCAUGCAUCUGGGAGCUCCUUGCACAGCACCCACACGGGGCUGCUCCCCUUCUCCACGCCCAGCGUCAACUCCACACCCAGCAUCUCCGCCGCACCCAGCGUCUCCUCUACAUCUGCCGGCGUCAUCGCCUCUACCGCGGCCUCCAACGCGACCUCCACCGCGACCUCCACUACCAAACCAUCGACUCUGGGUGAACGGUCCGGUGCGAAGAAGAUCGGCAGUGUGUUUGACCGCGAGGAUGAGACCCCCCGGCGAGCUGGGCCGUCGCGCGACCUCGCGACCCCGAAGGUCGCGACCCCCGCGGGAGGCCAGGCGCGGUUGGCGCUGGUGGAGAAGCUGGGAGGGCGGAGCGCGUGGCAGGGAACUCCGGCUCCACGGACUCCGGGAGGCGGCGGGGGGGCCGCCGGCGUUGGCGGCGUGGGGAAGGCGAAGCAGCGGCUGCUGGAAUGGUGCCGCUCCAAGACGCGUGGCUACAAGCACGUGGACGUGCGUGACCUCUCGAGCAGCUGGAGCGACGGCCUCGCCUUCUGCGCCCUCGUGCACAACUUCUUUCCUGACGAGUUCGACUUCUCCCGCCUGGAGCCGCACGACCGCCGUCACAACUUCACGCUCGCCUUCUCCACCGCCGAGCGGCUUGUGGGCUGCUGUCCCCUGCUGGACGUGGAGGACCUGGUGGGCAUGGGAGAGCCCGACUGGAAGUGCGUGUUCACCUACCUGCACGAGCUGUACCGCGCACUGGCACAGCACGGACUCGUCUCUCGUGGGGCCUAGAGAGACGCGCGCACACACACACACACACACCACGCGCACACACACACACACACACCACGCGGUGCACGUGGACACGUAGGGCACGCGUACAGACACGCAGGGCACGCGUACAGACACGUAGCAUGCACGGAGACGCACACGGUGCACGUGGACACGUAGAGGACGCGUACAGACACGCAGCGUGCACGGAGAGUCUGUCGUAAUGCUACGCCGAGGCAGCUGUUACAACGGCGCUGCGACGUAGUUCCGUUGGCUCAAUCGCGUCAUAUCUUAAUUCGCAUCCGCGUUAUCGAAAACCUGUUCACUCUGAUACAUCCAUCGCGUUCUCAUCAAUGGCGGGGCCAGGAUUUUCAGGUCGGGGGGGGGGGGGUGGAGGGGGGGUGG